AUGGCUUCCACCGCAAACUCCAUCUUUCCUUCUCUUCCUCUCUUCCCGGACCUUGCCAAGACCUUGGCCCCCAUGUUCAACAAUCUAAUUCAAAACUUUCCAAAUAUCCCAUUGUGGGGAGGAAUACCGAAUCUUCAGCAGACUCUUCCGAACGGAAACGAAUUUCUUUUUCAAGCACCCUCUCAGCAGAAGAUCAGUAGAAAAAGAAAGAAGGCUCCGAAAACAUCAAAAAUCUCCCGUAAUUCGUACAUUCGCAGAAAUGUGUCGGAAGUGACCGGUCCUGCUUUCGUUGUGGACUAUGCUCCACAUUUGAAAGAGUCCACCGUCCACCGUACUCAAGCCAAGCGUCGGCGUCUGAAUGAUUCCCCGGAUGUCAUUUACGUGGAAACGAUCAAGCGUCAGCCACUAAAGCCGCCUACAUUUGUCUUCAAAGAAAUCAAACAGGAGCCGUUUGAUGAUUUUAUUCGAAGCGAGCCAAAUGAAAUCCAGAAUCGGCUGAGCUUUCCAACGUCGAUUCCUGUUCCGCACACGCCGCAACCCAUCAUGCCACGAAUUAUGCCGCCACCUUGGUCUGCUCUGACCAAACCACAAGCAGCUGGUCAUCAGCCUUUCAUUCCACCUGAGUUCACUCCAAAUCAACUGGCAUACAUAAAUCUAGUGGAGACUAUAGAGAAGCGGAAGUUGAACUAUUUGGUCAGUUUAAUUUUCGAAAAGUUUGAGAGAGCAGAUAAUUUUUAUUCCAGAGAAUCCGCGCUAUUGAGCUGCAAUGCUCUUGCAUCUGCCAGAAGAGACUUCUCACAGACCAGGCAAGGUUGGGAUAUCAUCAAGUGAUUGAGGAUGUUCAACGGAAGUUUGACCGCCGAAAAAACGAGGUGAAUCUGGUAGAGUGAAAGUUUCUGGAAUAAUUGGAACAUUUUUAGGUCAUGUGCAUGUUAUCGCCGGAGGAAAGAGCGGACAUUGUGCAGAUAAUGCUCCGAAACUUGACGAAGCAUCACCAGGAGUUUCGCUUCAUGUCCGAGGAGAUGCUCGACCAUGAAUUUGAAUACUUUCUGGAGCGAAAUAUACGUGACGACGAGUUGAAAGAGGUUAGUUGCCGUUCUGGCCAUCUGAGCAUACCUGUAAUUUCAGGUGUUCAAAAAGCCCUUGAUCAGUUUCACAGAGUUUCUUUCAAUCAUAAGAAACAGUAUUUUAACCAUGGACCUCAUUGACUGCUCUCCUCAACAGGUAAUACAUUCUUGUGCUUUUCAGUUACAUCAAGCGGCAUUUUCAGAAAGAGCAGCUAAUUAACGCUGUUCAAUUCGACUGGAGCAAGCCGGAUCUUUAUCCUGACCGCUUACGCAUGUUCAGCCGCAUCAUUGGACUUUCGGUAGAAAGAUUACUAGAAAUCUUGCUGGAAGUGAGAGCGAGACUGUGGAAGAACACGUGGUUCCGUGAACUGAUCUUCAUCAACGACGCAACUCUGGAAGAACGAUAUGAAUACUUGUUCCCCGACAAGCGAGAACUGUGA